AUGUAUGAGCGGAUCAAGGUGAUCCGUCACCUGACACUGGCUCUUGACGGUGGGUACAACACUAACCCACUGUUCAGUGAUCGAAUAAUACAAAAGCCGCUCCUCCUAAACUUCAAAAUGCCACGGCUUGAGAGCUAUCAUGGGAUCACUGAUCCUGUGAACCAUCUGGAGAGUUUCAAGUCUCUGAUGCUCAUCCAUGGGGUAACCGAUGCUACUCUCUACCAUACCUUUUCAUCUACUUUGAAGGGUACAACCAAGUAUUGGUAUACCAGUUUGAAGCCUUGGAUGAUCCAUUCUUUUGAUCAGAUGAGCCAGCUAUUUGUUGGUCAUUUUGUGAGUAGUUGGAGACAGCAAAAAGAAUCAAACUCUCUAAUGAAUGUGAAGCAGAGAGAAGGAAAGUCCAUCAUAUCUUAUCUCGAUUGUUUUAAUACGGUCAUACUGGAAGUGCGCAACUUAGAUCAAUCAAUUACGAUGGCUGUCCUAAAGGAUGGAUUACUGAAGAACGAUCUUUAUUAUUCUUUAGAGAAGACCUAUGCUCGAGACUUUGCCGAUAUGCUGGCCCGAGUGGAGAAAUAUGCUAGGACAGAUGAGGCAUUCGAAGGUGAUCCCCAAGUGAUUCUUGUUGAAGAGAAGAGGGAAGAAAGGCUGGAGUGUCCCCCAAGGAGUCAGCAGCACCCUCAUUCUCCUCCUAGAUGUCGAAGAUCCCGAACUCCCCCAUGA